AAAAUGUUUACACACCAAAAAUUUUCCUCUAUAUAAGCUGCACAAGCACAGAACAAAUUGUGUGCAGCAGUUGCUUUCCCAUCAUAUAUUUGUCAAAUAAUUCCCUCUUUGUAUAUAGUUUUUGUUCCUCUGUUUGAGGGAGCUAGAGGACUUCCCAACAAUAAUCAAGGAUGGGAGAGGGCACUGCCACCAACAACCACCACCACAGCGCCCAAGUGUUCGACGUCUCCGUCAAUAUGACACCACAUUGCGGCUCCAAAGCAGUUGAUGACGACGGCCGGCCCCAAAGAACUGGGAGUGUGUGGACAGCGAGUGCACACAUCAUAACGGCGGUGAUUGGGUCGGGAGUUCUGUCGUUGGCAUGGGCUAUAGGUCAGCUGGGAUGGAUUGCUGGGCCAUCUGUCAUGCUGCUCUUCUCCUUGGUCAUCUACUACACUUCCACUCUCCUCGCCGACUGCUACCGCUCAGGCGAUCCUUUGUUUGGCAAGAGAAACUAUACCUACAUGGAUGCCGUUCGAUCCAAUCUUGGUGGAUCUAAGGUGAAAUUGUGUGGGACGAUUCAGUAUCUCAACAUCUUUGGAGUAGCCGUUGGGUACACAAUUGCCUCAUCCAUAAGCAUGAUGGCCAUCAAAAGAUCAAACUGUUUCCACAAGAGUGAUGGGAAGGAUCCAUGUCACAUGUCUAGCAAUCCAUACAUGAUAGCUUUUGGUGUUACGCAAAUCUUGUUUUCUCAGAUACCAGACUUUGAUCAGAUAUGGUGGCUUUCAAUCGUUGCUGCCAUUAUGUCCUUCACUUACUCGUCUAUCGGAUUAGGCCUCGGCGUUGCUCAGACACUAGCUAAUGGAGGCAUCAAGGGUAGCUUGACCGGAAUAAGCAUCGGAGCAGUGACGGAAACUCAGAAGAUAUGGAGGAGUUUCCAAGCUCUGGGCGACAUAGCCUUCGCCUACUCAUUCUCUAUCAUCCUGAUCGAGAUUCAAGACACGGUGAAGUCCCCGCCGUCGGAGUCGAAGACGAUGAAGAAAGCCAGCCUCAUAAGCACGGCGGUGACGACCCUCUUCUACAUGCUGUGCGGGUGCAUGGGCUACGCCGCCUUCGGAGACCUGGCGCCGGGCAACCUCCUCACCGGAUUCGGCUUCUACAACCCCUUCUGGCUCCUCGACAUCGCCAACGCCGCCAUCGUCAUCCACUUGGUGGGCGCCUACCAGGUCUACUGCCAGCCGCUCUUUGCGUUCGUGGAGAAAUACGCCGCCGCGAGGUGGCCGGACAGCGGAUUCGUGAACAGGGAUGUCAGAAUCAAGGGUUUCAACGUGAACGUGUUCCGGUUGGUGUGGAGGAGCGUGUUCGUGAUGGUGACGACGUUGAUAUCGAUGCUGCUGCCGUUCUUCAACGACGUGGUGGGGAUUCUGGGGGCUUUCGGGUUCUGGCCGCUCACCGUGUAUUUCCCGGUGGAGAUGUACAUCGCUCAGAAGAGGAUACCGCGGUGGAGCACCAGAUGGGUCUGCCUGCAGAUGCUCAGCUCCGCCUGCCUCGUCAUCUCCGUCGCUGCCGCAGCUGGCUCGGUUGCCGGCGUCGUGCUUGAUCUCAAGGUGUACAGACCAUUCAAAACUAGCUAUUGACUUUUGUACAUCAGAUAUUGGUGGUUGGUGUUGAUUAGUUAUCGUUGUGAUUGCUUUUUUUACUUUUUUGUUUUCAUGUAUCUUUUCGGAAAGCCUUGUGAAUGUAAAGAAGGCAUCAACCUUUUCUUACUUCUCUGCAAUCGAAUCUAUGUUGAAUGUGUGGCAAA